CAUCCUGCCGCCACCGCAUUAUACUCCAAAAAGCCAAACCGUGUAAUGUGCAUCAAAUCGUUAUUAUAUAAUUUUUUUUGGUUACUUAAACAUUUUUUCUUUUCCAGAAGAUUCGUUGUGUUUAAUCGAGAGCAUCCGAUUUUAAUAGUGCGCGAAGACAAUAAUUCAAUAGAUAACCGUUCAAGGUCUUCUUUUUAUAGGAUUUUGGGUACUAAGACCAGUACUGAGUCGUCGGUCUUGUUCAGUCCUCUAGCGAGCUUAGACGCAAAACCACUUCCACACAGAAAAAUGAAAAUUAUUAUGUUGUCAUUAGUCUUGUUGGCGGUAUUCAUCACGAGCCAAGCCGCACCGGCGCCGCCUCCAUUUACCGACGAAAAGGCAGAUAGAGACAGCGUGGAUGUGAAUGAAGUAGGACCCGAAGAAAACUGGAUGCUGUUCAACCGUCUGACAAAAACCAAGUCGUUUGAUCCUUCGGAUUCCGAGAAAACCCGAGAACUCUUGAAGGAAAUUGACGAGUUUUCUCGGCUUGUCAAGCCAGCUGCUAAUAAUGUUACCGACGAACCGGACGACACAACCGACCAACAAGAUACCACUGAGUCCGAUUCCGCGUCGUCCGACUGGUUCGCUUCUACGUGGAGGACUUUGAAUCGAAAUAACGACGGUGAUGAUGAAGACAGAAACUCGUUAAACUUUAGACAACCGUUCGGAAAGCAAGAACAAGACGACAGUGGCGUGGAAGAUAUAAUCAAAAAACUUGCCAACGAUUUGAAGAAGUUGUACGUCAAAAUAAAGCAAGCAAUCUCGGUGAUGAAAAAUUGGGUCAACAUCGCUAGGGGUUCAUCGAAAGAAUAUGAUGGGCCAUAUCCGAUGUCUGCAAGUGCUUCAGAGUCAGAUGGAGUAUUUGUAAUUGCCGACCCUUUAAUUGGGGAUAUUGAUAAGUCCAAUAAAUACACAUUACCCAUAAAUGCAGCUGAUUAGUCCAUUAGAUACCUCAAAGUUUAUGUAUUAUUAUUCACAUUACGAUUUCACUUAUUGAUACUUUAAAUUAUUAUAUUAUUUAUGAACUCAUAA